AUAGGGGGUAAAAGUUUGGUACCGGUCGAGUCUUCCAUCAUUGUACAGCUAUGUUUACUCCUUUGGCAUCUUCCUGGUCUAGGCUCUCCAACUGCAACGAGUGUAAAUAGAGUAAAGCAUAAUGUGAAAUGAAUCAUAGCAUGAAUACAACAGCACCAGAAUUUUGCCUGGUUUAGUAGCAGGUAGAGUUGUUUACCAGUCGGGACUUUGAUUAAGAUAGUGACAUGCCCUUUAAUCCAGAAGCCGUGUACUCUGAAGUUAUCGUCCAGAGUGUCACUAGUAAAAAGUAUUCCCAGAAUUUGGCCCACAAAUUGCAAGGACUAUCUGUAUCAGACAAACUGUACGAGUGCCUUCUUUCGGACUUUUUGAGUUAUUGAAAGGCUGCACUUGCGAAAUUGGUUUGCUACAGUAGAGAUAAACGGGUACAUCAUUUCCAUUACCCCAAUGUCUGAGAGGGCAAGGUUUCAGACAUUCCAAAAAAUGUUGUCUUUGUCAGCACCGGGUCGAGAGAGAGAGAGAGUUGCGGUGCUGUUUGUUUAUAGAAUCAAGGUUUGUAGGAGUGCCGAUAUCCCUAGGCGACUGAGGAAACUCCAUCUGACUGUGUCCACGUGCUUCUAUAUCUCAGCGAUGAGAACAAAGCUACCCUGUUGUUCAUUACUUAAGUUGGAUUAGCAACUUCUAGAUCAUUCGCACUUCUCCUUUUUCUGCCAAUAGGUUUUUUUCGCCAACUCUUUUUGUUUCGCAUUGUCAACCAUAACUGGCCUUCUAGGUCAGACCAAGCAUCAGCAAAUAUUCAUUAACUGCACUUGCUUUUCGCCUUGCUUUGAUCAAUGGAAGUUGACAUAAUCUCCAGAGAAACGAUCAAACCAUGUUCACCCACACCCCUUCCCCUGAAAACCAUCAAACUCUCUUUCUUAGACCAACUCAUUCCCCCAUUUUACACGCCACUGAUCUUGUUCUAUCCUGCGAUCGGCAACAACAAGGUCGAAAUCAAUUUGUUCCUGUCCAUAUUGAAGACAUCUCUCUCCAAGGCACUCCCUCGCUAUUAUCCUCUUGCUGGGAGGAUUUCUGAUCAUUUCUCCAUAAGUUGCAACGACGAAGGCGCUUUUUAUAGUGAAACACGGAUCCAUUCCCGAAUCCACGAGUUUCUUGAAAGUUCCAAUUUAGAAUCCCUCAAUCGGUUGCUUCCUUUCCAACCGUUUGUGAAGCAGCUAUAUCCUUCUGUGCCCCAAGUAGCUGUCCAAGCGAACAUCUUCGAAUGCAGAGGACUAGCGAUCGGCGUUUGCAUGUUGCACAAAAUCAUAGAUGCUGUCACGAUGAGCAACUUCCUUACCACUUGGGCGACCAUUGCUCGUGGAUGCGCUGAAGAGUUCCAUACUGAUUUCCACGCAGGAUCAUCCCUCUUCCCGCCAAGAGAUCAGUUGCCUGACGAGUACUCAUCCGCCAUGGACAAGGGAUGGUUCAUGGAAGGAAGGUACGUCACGAGGAGAUUCGUGUUCGAUCCGAAGGCAAUACACAUCCUCAAAGAUAGAGCCAGAAGCGAAAACAUAGCGAACCCAACCCGAUAUGAGGUUCUCAGCUCGUUUAUAUGGAAACACGCCAUGGCUGCCUCUAGGGCGGCAUCAAAGUCACCCAAACUCUCCGUGUCGAUAGACUCAGUCGACACGAGAUCAAGAAUGGAGGAGCCCUUGUCCAGGAACACGAUCGGCAAUCUUUUAUGGUCUGCAACAUCGGGUUUCGAAUCUGCAAGGACAGAGAUAGGCCUGUCUGACUUGGUGACCAUGACAAGAGAAUCCAUUCGGAAAAUAAACGGCAAUUACUUCAAAACUUUACAGGUCGAUCAGGGGUGUUCCAUGAUUUACAACGGCAUAAAGCUCAUGCUCGAAAACUUCUCCCAGGAAAGCCCGGAUUCAUUCGGAUUCAGCAGCUGGUGCAAUCUGGGCUACAGAGAGACAGAUUUCGGGUGGGGAAAGCCCGUAUGGGUCGGAAUCUGGGGAGGAGAAGCAUCGCCAUUCAGGAACCUUGUCAUUUUCCUGGAAACUCAAAGCGGCCUAGGAAUCGAGGCAUGGAUGACCCUGGAUGAGCACAUACUGUCAGCCCUAGAAGGAGACGACGAGUUCCUCGCAUUCACUUUGCCAAACCCGAGCAUCCCGAGCGCGUAGCCAAGCGAGCUACUGAUGUUUGUGUUUCCAAAGUAUUUCCCUUUUGCAAGAAAGUAGAGUGACUGUGAGUACCCCACUCUACUCCUGUAACGUGUGAAUGGAAUAGUGAAGAGGGAAGGCUUCUAAGU